GCAGGAGCUGAUGGGUGGAACAAACGGGGCAUAAAAAGACUAAUAUGACUAACGGAUCCUGGAUGCGUGGUACCCUUAUUUGGAUAUACAGGAAUGUAGGCUCUAGCAGUUCUGCAGCUCUACCAGCCUUUUGCCUGACACUGGAACUGCUGCUCACAAAGUAGAAUCCUGCUGCUCUGUGGUAGGAAGGAUAGAGAAAGAACAUGGCCUGCAUUUUGAAGAGAAAGUCCAUUGUUGCAGUGAGUUUCAUUGCAGCAUUCCUCUGUCUGAUCAUCAUUCGUCUCACAAACGAAGUAACUUUCCCUUUGAUCCUAAACUGCUUUGAGCAAGCCAAUGUCAAAUGGAUACCAUUUUCUAAUGGUCACAGGCAGCCUCUGAGAACUCAUUAUGGAUAUAUAAAUGUGAAAACACAAGAGCCUCUGCAACUUGACUGUGACCUCUGUGCCAUUGUUUCAAAUUCAGGACAGAUGGCUGGCCAGAAGGUGGGAGCUGAGAUAGACAAGUCCUCCUGCAUAUGGAGAAUGAACAAUGCUCCCACAAAGGGCUAUGAGGAGGAUGUCGGGAAGAGGACAACCGUAAGAGUGGUCUCUCACACAAGUGUGCCUCUCCUACUCAAGAAUCCCGAGUACUUUUUCAAAGAAACCAACAACACUGUUUACGUGAUCUGGGGACCCUUUCGAAACAUGAGGAAGGAUGGAAAUGGCAUUGUCUACAACAUGCUGAAGAAAACUGUUGACAGCUACCCAACUGCCAAAAUCUACGUGACAACAGAAAAGCGCAUGAGUUACUGUGAUGCAAUAUUUAAGAAGGAGACAGGAAAAGACCGAGUCCAGUCAGGUUCAUAUCUCAGUACGGGUUGGUUUACCUUAAUUUUGGCUAUGGAUGCCUGCUAUGGAGUUCACGUCUAUGGGAUGAUAAAUGACACCUACUGCAAGUCAGAAGGCUUUCGUAAAGUUCCCUACCACUAUUACGAGCCAGGAAGAGAUGAGUGUGAGGAAUACUUUCUGCAUGAAAAUGCUCCAUAUGGAGGCCAUAGGUUUAUCACAGAAAAGAAAGUGUUUGCUAAAUGGGCCAAGAAGCACACAAUAAUAUUUACACACCCCAACUGGACAGUGUCUUGAUACGGGGUUUCUUAACUCUCCUUUAACAGCGUAUUGCAAAAAUGUCUCCGUUUACAUCUGGCUGGCCUUUCUCAGCCCAGGUAACACAAAACUAAAAUCUAGAAGACAAAGAGGAUGAUAGUUUGGGUGUUGGCAAAAUUAAUCAUCUGUGGAAGGCAGGCACAUUGUUAUUUCUUAGGGUUUUACUCCACACAGUGCACUUUAUACUUCAACUGGAUUUUACUUCAAGGCAGUAGCAGUUAAAGAGAGAUGAGGUUUCCUGUAUAUACAGGUGCACACAGAGAACAUGGUGGUUCCUUAAAACUUGUCCAUCACCUUAAUUAUUAAAAUUUUAAUUUGUAGCUCAUUUGCAGUACUAGUUCUCUUUGUGCUAUUAGUAGAUAUUGUCUACAAAAGAACUAUAAGGAAAAAUAAAGACCUCCAAAGCCUUAGAAUAAGUAAAUAAAAAACCCCACCUGAAUACAUUGGACAGAUGUGAGCACUUGCCUAUACAGUAAAAUUAGAGAUGAGCUAUACAUGGUUCUUGAACUGUACAUAACUCUUGCAUGGGAAGACAUUAUUUACUGAAGGCUCAAAAUUAAUUCAUAACUUCUGAAAUGCAGCCUCCCUCCAGCCGGGUCCAGUUUCACCAUCUUGGAUGAUGUGUUUUCUACUUUUUGAGGCCAUUGUCCCACAGUUUAACUUCAGUAGCGCAGCACAUAGCAAAGACUGUGUUUUGCAGCCCAUUUGGCUGCAGUACCAUGCUUGCUGUCAGUACCCAAACUGGUUAGUGUGAAGUUGUCUCAUGAGCAUAUCUGUUUACUCCACUUGUGCCUUUGAGUUGCUUCAACAUCCAAAACCUAGUGUUUUGAGAGUAUUUCUCAUGCAGCCAUCGUACUUUGUUUUAAAUCUCCAGUUUCUCCAUCUUUAAAAAGGGAUAGUAUCUAUCUUCCUCGCAAAGGAAUUGUGAGGAUUAAGUCCACAAAGCACUUUCCUGAUGAGGAAUGCUACAGAGCAUUUACUCUUAACACAGAGACAAUGGUACCUGUCAUUUGCUCUUGUCUGUUGGGUAUUUGAAGAAAGUGACAGCAUGUCUGGAUCUGAUGGUGAAUUGCUCUGUGCAUCCGCUCUCCUACUGAGAAUAAUUUGUAAUACUGAGUUCUCUCAGCUUGCAUUGCUUCAGGUGGAGUUGAAAGGACUCACUGCCUCGCAGUAUUAUCUGCACAUCAAGAGGCAGUUCAAGAAUUUUAAAGUAUAUUCAGCUCUAGUUGAAAUACAUAUUUCCAAGCUUACUCUCAUGGAAAGUUUUCCAAGCUUGCUCUCAUGGAAAGUUUUCAGCUGCAGCAGACUUAUUUGUAAGGUGACCAUAAUUCAACUACACAUGUGAGUCUUAUUUAAACUGUAUUUAAAUUAAUGCUUUACACUUAGAAUGUGUCCUAUGAAUAUUUUAACAUCUGGAAUGUCAGAUUCAACACUGUAAUAGUCAAUACUGUGAACACUUGAAAGAAUUACAUGUGGAACAUGACACACAGGGUUUACUCACACUACUUAAGCAUUAACAGGAAACUUUGUAUGCUUUUGUAAAUCAUCAAAAGGGGAAAGCAAAAAGCUAUUUUUACAUGUAAGUAUUUGUAUACUGACUAUUUCCUAUUGUAUAUUUGUAUAUAUAAAUCUAUAUUUUGUAUGUUCAUGGCAUAUAUAUUCUCUCAUCAGCAGCUGCAACUCUUAGGAUGGGGAGGAAAUUUCUUCACCAGUGUUCCUCCUCCUGGUCAUUGGGGUUUUUUUUUUGUUCCUGUUGGUAGGUGAUGCCAGGGUGUCAUCUCUCUUGCUCCUUCUGUUUUCUACUGCAAAUGCAGCUUUCUGGUUUUAUUUUUAUUAUAGCUCAGCUUUCACUGCUUAUUCUAGUGGUGUCAGUGUUCAUGCUGGUUGUCAGACCAAGACUGGGCCAUCCUUGUGAUGCUGGGUAAAAAUCUAUAGUCAACUACAGGUUCUGUCCCAGACUUCUUGCAUGACUGGAUGUCUCACCUUGUUUGGAAAAGAACAAUAAUAUUUUCCUACUCCCUGUCUUGACCAAUUUCUUGUAAGGUCUCAAGACUGGUAUUCUCAUUUGCAGUGUGUUUGUAUAAUGCCUUCCAGAUGGUGCUGCCCAAAGUAUCUGAAGUCCUCAGGCAAUGCUAUAAUAUACAAAUAAUUUUAAGUGUCUGCUUUCUGUCCCUGGAAUUUAAAAUUGAUUGUAGGCUUAAUAUAGCAUGGGAUGAAAUCAAGACAGGGAAGGGUCACAGAUGAAGAGUUGUAGUAGCAAAAGACAAUGAGCUAGAUUUAUUGUCAUAUGCAUAUGCACCUUUUCAGUCCAGAUGGAUGGCUUGAUAGACAGAGAGCUAAUAAAUUUGUAUUAUAGGAUGUAAAGAAUGCAGGACCAGGGAAAACAUUCUGCACAUAUUGUACAGGGCAUCUUGGACAAAACUGUAGCUCCCAUGUGGCAAGGGGAGCUGAAAAAGAGACUAUCAGUCAGGUUGAACUUGUAUUUAGAAUGUCUUUGGGUUAACAGAAAGUGCAAGUGUGGCUGGGCUGGACAGACUUACAUGAAAAGUGCUCUCAUGAAGCAUGGUGUUUCUCAUGAAUGAACAGAGCAUAAGGAUUCUGCCCAGAUUGUGUUCAUAUACAAGGUAGUUUUUAAGCCUGAGAAAGUUUUUAGGAUAAUUAAGACUUUCCAAAUCACCACAACUCUGCUGUAAAAUAAAAUACAUGCUUCAUGCUGAAGCUCCUUGUAAAGGGCUUGUACGCUGUAUGAAACAAGAUCUCAUGCAAAGGCUAGCUACAAAAAAAAUACAGCUCUAAGAACAGCUAAAUAUAAAGCAAAAUUGAGAUCAUCAUUAGAGUGUAGAUGUCACAGAACAAAGAAAAAGUGUUGCUCUCUGCUUGAAUUUGCAGUGAGAGCAGAUCCACUUUUAGAAAUGCUGCAGUGGGCUUCAUUCAUGCUAGAGUAAGUGAACAUCAGUUCCAUUAUUUAGAUGAUGCUGUCUUUAACAUAAAACAAACACGUAUUUGCAUGAUUUUUAUUACAUGAAUAAGGAACUGUGACCAUUGUGUUAAAGAUUAUUCAACAAUAAAUGAAUUUGUUGAAAUCUAUUUAAACUCAGCACUACAAAACUGAAGAUGAAGUCCUAC